AUGCCGGAAGACAACUGUACGGCCAGAGAGACGUCAUUUCCACGCGUCGAGGCCCCGGAGCGGGCCGCUGCUGCUACGUCACCGGAGGGCCGGGUGUGGCGGAAUCACGGACAAGACGGACUGGAUUUCAGGACCGUCAAGACAAAUGCACUGUUCUGGGUGAACUUGCUUGCAAACGGGACGGUUGACGGCCGCACCAAGCAUGCUGGAUUGCCCGUGGAUUCGAGCGUCAAGCGUUGA